AGAGGUUAGAUCAGAACUCCCACGUUUGCUUUGUCAAAGCAGAGAUGUCGGACGGCGACGAACUCGUCACAGUCCUACCUAUCCACUAUUCCAACAGUCUCAGCCCAAACGUGCAAAUCCAUCAAUUUCCGCUCCUUUCUCGUCCACUACAAACACCGCCUGCUGCCACAAUCAGUGGAAAACGAAUCCGCGCACGAAUAAAGCCAAUCACGCGGAGAUUAGAGAUCCAUGUACCAGUAGAUCCGCGCCCGGAGGUAUGGAAUGGCGAACGGAGCAAAGAACUCGGCGCUGCUCGACAAGAGGACGAUCGUGAAAAGAACCAAGAUGUUGGAAAAAUGAAGCAGAGAGAGGGAGAGGAGCCGCGAUUGACUGAAGUGCGCAUGCGCAGUGAGCUGAUACCACAGGAGGGUGCAUAUAUGCUUGGAGUGGUUCGCGAUGGUCACCUACAUUUACAGCCCAUCAGCGAAACGCACCAAUUUCGACCGACGCUGACGUACUUAGAUAUCAUGACUCGAAAGAGUCGACGUUCGAGAGGCGAUGCUGGAUCUGAUGAGGAUUCUGAUGAUGGUCCUCCGCCGGAUCCUGACGAGCCGCCGCCAGUACAGACCGCGUCAAAGAAAGAAAAAAAGCCACUUGAAGUGAAAGAGGUUCAAGUGUCUGCGCGAAAAGUUGCGGAUGACAAGGGUAAUUUGCAAGGAGGUCUAUCUGCGAUGAGACACCUCGAUUUUUGUGAUGGCGAGACUGUUGAAGGACAUGAAGUAUUUGAAUCUGUGUUUGCACAGAGCGAGGAGCAUUUAGAAUGCAAGUCUGAUAUCACUGCUUUUUUGAAGGAUAUUAAAGGACUAUAGACAUUUGUGUUUACGCAUUGAUCGACGCGCGCGUGGUACUCGAAGAAGAUGGUAGUGGUGCUUCUAUCUUCUAUGCAACUUUAUUUUGUGCCAUCAGCGCAGAUAUAAUACGAGCGCACAGGCCUUGGUCUGUUUUCAUGCCCCUCCA